AUGAGCGGCUAUCUCUGGAAAUACUACCUCGAAGAUGAUGUCGACAACUUUCGACAUGUCCUCGCAACCCCCACGCAUACGGCCCGACCGGCAACACAGAAAGGCUUCGCAGGCUGGCAGGGCGGAGGAUUUGCCACAGCAGUGAACGGCAGCCCGGGGAGUUACAAUGCAUCACCGAUAACAAGUGCCAAGGGCCGCAAGAUGGGCAUGGGUGCGGCUGCGAAUCUCAGUCGGUUUGAUAUCAACAGCCGGGAUGCAGCUGGCAUGACUAUUCUGCACCACGCUGCGUCAUCUACUGCGGAGAGCGCUGUAGACUUCGCGCAAGCACUGCUGGAACAUCCGUGGACCGACGUGUAUAUACAAGACGCGGAGAAUGGCUGGACUGCGCUCCACAGGGCCUUUUACUUUGGCAACAUCGCCAUUGCACGCCUCAUUCUGAAUCGCGAUGCGCAGGACAUUCUCGGUCAGGGUUCCAGCGGGUUCAACCAGCAUGCGCGGGGUUUGGUCAAGAUUAAAGACAAGGAAGGUUACGGUCCCCUGGACUUGUUCUCUAUGACUAUCAAGGAUCGAACACUGCGACCAGAAGAAGCGCCCGCCUUCGAUUCUGACUCGGACGACGAGAUGGCUCACGGAGACAGUGGCGACGUGGAUGACGAGACGCGCAAGAAGCUCAUUGCCCCACCUGUGCUUCUUGAGGGAGAUGAAGUGUAUACUUUUGGCAGCAACAAGAACGUCACCCUUGGUUUUGGUGACGAAGAUGACCGCCAAUAUCCGGAGCGUAUUACUCUGCGCAGACCGGAUCACCUCCUCCAGCGUUUCUAUAGGGAGCACCGCGAGCGGCAGAACCAGUAUUGGGCUGCGACAGGCGCGCCCAUGCAGGAUUCCGGGCUUCUCCAAGCGCGCAGUACUGUAGAUCUUCCAACUCACAUUCGCAAUACGCCAAUAGUCAUUCAGGACGUGCGGAUGUCGAAACUGCAUACCGCUGUGUUGACUACUGACCCUGUAUCCAAUCUGUACAUGUGUGGCCAUGGUCCAGGCGGCCGUCUAGGCACGGGUAAUGAAACGACGAGGUAUCAGUUUACCUGCAUCGAAAGCGGCGGACUGGGUCAGAAGAAAGUUGCUGGUGUUGCGUUGGGGCAGAACCACACUCUGGCCAUCACCGAAGAGGGAGAGAUCUACUCGUGGGGUAACAAUGCAUACGGUCAGCUAGGGUAUGCGCUGCCGAAACCCGCCGUAAAGGACGACGAUCCCAUCUCAACUAUUCCUCGACAGAUUUUUGGACCAUUGAAGCGAGAUGUUGUCACAGGUAUUGCCGCGUCCCGGAUACACUCGGUCGUUCACACUGCGACGUCCUUGUACACCUUCGGCAAGAAUGAAGGCCAGCUUGGUAUUGUCGAUUCGGACGCUCGGUCGCUGGAGAUGCAGGUCAUCCCCAGGAAGAUUGCUGCAGCACUAUUCUCCAGUCCCAUCCACUCAGUGUCGGCCAUUGACGGUGCUACUGUAUGUCUGCUGGAGAAUCGCGAGGUUUGGGUAUUUGCAAACUAUGGCUAUGCAAAGCUCAGCUUUCCCUUGGACGGGUUCACUAGCAACUUCCUCAAGGAGAGCUGGUUGACCACAAAGUACGACACUGCGCCGAACAGGAUCAGCAAGAUCACAUCUGGUGGUGACACCAUUUGUGCGCUGUCUACUUCUGGUGAAGUCUUCACAGUGGCUGUCAGCCGGCGCUCAGAGGGUGCCCAGGAUGCCGGCACAUCGACCACAAACCCGAAGCAGAUCAGAGGAGCCUUGUCUGCGCCAUUCCGUAUUUGGUCGUCUAAGAAGAGCCACAUGGCAGCACGAGAUGUUGAUGUCGACCAGGACGGUUCUAUCAUCUUAACCACUGAGGUUGGCAGCGUCUGGAGACGUACGAAACGAGCGACCAUCAAGAAUGCAAAUGUCACUGCUGCUGUAGAGUCCAAGCCCAAAGACUACAAAUUCCAGCGUGUGUCAGGCUUGACUCGGGUGAUUGCUGUCCGUGCCUCCGCGUUUGGUGCAUACGCUGCCAUUCGCAAGGACUGCGACGUUACCAGAAACCAGAUAGGUGUGGACGAAGCCGGGCUUUGGGAUGACCUAGCUCCGUUGCUUUCGUUUCACGAGUUGACAAACUACGAGGAAACAUCCGACGACGAAGAGCCCACGCCGAGAUUCUGGACCCGAGCUUCAGAAGCGCAAGGUCUGCGCAAGCGUGUCUUGAAGUCGAAGGACCUGGAAGCGGAAAUCACCGAUAUCCUGCAGCGCUCGUUGACAAUGCCAGAUCGGACGUACAACAUGGAGGUCGGAUCUACUCUGUCUGAUGUCCGCAUACCCGUUCACGAGUUCAUCUUGGGUGGACGCAGCCGUGUCUUGCGGGACGCUCUGCUCGACUUCAGGGUGAAAGACAGCGAAUAUGUCGUGCCUGACCUGCUGACCGUCAAGGCAGAGAGUGGGAGAGUUCUGGUACUCUUCCAAGGUCUUGAUUUCCUCACUAUCUUCAACCUCGUUCUCUACGCCUACACCGACUCUGUUGUGGACUUCUGGAAUGUCACCCGGCACUACCCUACCUUGGCACACAGGUACCGUUCCGUGCGGACAGAACUGAUGAAGGUUGCUUCCCGUCUUGAGAUGCGACAGCUCGAGCCUGCUGUGCGUCAGAUGGUCAAGCCACGAAGAUCCUUGCACAUGGACAUGGAACUCGCCAUCAAGGAGCAGUCCUUCUUCGAGAGCGGCGACGUCAUCGUCGACCUUGCUGAUGGCCAGAUGCUACUACACUCGGACGUGAUUUGCCAACGCUGUCCUUUCUUCGAAGGCUUGUUCCGAGGACGUGCCGGCGGCCAGUGGCUCGCAGGAAGGCGGACCGAGGAAUCUCCGCUCGUUCACAUUGAUUUGACGCAUGUGGAAACACAGCUUUUCGAGCUCAUUGUCCGCCAUCUCUACACCGAUGCUGGUGAGGAGAUUUUCGAGGAUGUUACCAGCGAAGACCUGAAUGAUUUGCUGGCACUUGACGAGUUGCUCGACCAUGUCAUGGAUGUCAUGUCUGUUGCCAAUGAACUGAUGCUAGACCGUCUGUCGCAGAUCUGUCAAAGAUUGAUCGGUCGCUAUGUCAACGCUCGAAACGUUUGCUCCCUUCUUACAGCAGUUGCUCCUAGCUCGGUCGCUGAGUUCAAGGACGCUGCCCUUGAAUAUGUGUGUCUGAGUUUAGAGGCAGUCAUGCAGAACGGCUCACUAGACGAACUGGACGAGGACUUGCUGCUGGAGCUCAACCAAGUCGCCCAUGAAAAUCAGCUCGCUUACUUGCCGUUUGCAAGAAGUGGGCGAGCUGAGGCUCUCCUCUUUGAGCGCUACCCAGAGCUUGCUGAGAGGAUAGAACGUGGCAGGCGCGCCAAGGUCGAUGCGAUAGUACUGUCGAACAAGUACGCCGAUGGCGACAAUCUCUCAUCCUCUUUCAGAGCUCAAAGUCUGGAAGAAGUAGCAGCUUCCCCACUACGCCAACGCAAUCGAAGAAGGGUAUCCAAAGAAGCAAAGAGUCCAGUAAUGUCGCCAGCGCUGAAAGGUAAAAACUCCGCCCAAGACCUCAUGUUCGAAAUGUCAGAUGGCGAGGAUGACGAGGAUGUGCCAAAGAAGAUCAAGCCCCCGCGAUUCACAGAGCAAAGCGGAGACGAGAAAGCGCUAGAAACACCAGUUGGAUCUCCCGAGACGCCCUGGGGCACGAUUCCAAAACCAUCACCGCACACGUUCAACAAAGGGGAUGACAUACCGUUCAAGUCUGUCAGCCCUCUUCCUCCGCCAGCUAUCAAGGAGACAAGACCACCUGGUCAGCCUUGGGUGACUGCACCGCUUGCUGGUCCCAAGCUUGAACUCAAGGAUAUUAUGGCUCAAGAGUCCUCAGCUACACCAUCAAACCUGUCGAUCGGCCUCUCACGGAGCGAGAGCGAACGGACCGUCAAGGCUGCGCCGAUCAAGAUGUCGCAAAAGGAAAAGAAUCGUCUACGACAGGCCCAAAAACUUGGCACAGCCAUCGAGAAGCCUCAACCGGUGCCGCCAGCCGUAUCUCCAUGGACGGCAGCUGCACAUAGGAAACCAAGCAACAGUCCGGUUGUUGCUCCAGCAGUGGCUCCCUCGCCACCGCCGAAGCCAUCGCCGGAGCCUUCUCGAGCAUCAAGCACGCCUCAACUUACCAUGCGACAAACUGUUGCAAAGAAGGGUGCUGGAUCAAAGCAGAAGGACAAGCGGACGGCGUCCCAAAGUCAUGAUGCAGGAGCUGCAUCGCCUUCCCAAGCUCGUCCUGCUGCGAAUGAGAGAGGCAUGUCAGUCUCUACUGAUCCUAUCCCAACGCCUCGAUCUGUCCGCCACAUUCCCUUGCCACAGCACUCGCCGACGUCUCCAAGUCAGCAUCUCAGCAUGAUGGAGAUUCUGUCCUUGCAAGAAGCAGAAAAGACUUCAAUACGCGACGCAGCAGCCAAGCGUAGUCUGCAGGAAAUCCAGCAAGAGCAAGAGUUCCAGCUGUGGUGGGAGCAGGAGAGCAGACGUGUUAUCGAGGAAGAGGAGCAGACUAAGAAGCUGGUAGAAAAGCUUUCUAAGACCUCUGGUCGUGGUCGAGGCAAAGGUCGCGGUGGUCGCGGCGGUAAGACAAAGGGUCAAGACAAGAAAGAAGGGGGAGACGAAGCUGAUCGCGGUAAAGGCAAGCGCGACGUCAGCGCUGGGCCGGCCGCCAAGCCAAAUCCACCACCCAAAGCCGGCCAGAAACAAGAUGGCGGUGGUCGUCCACCUGGACCUGAUGGCGCAGCCAGAGGCGGUCGUGGCAGAAUUGGCCGCGGUGGUCGCGGUGGCGCAAGAGGCGGGCGUCCACAAGGCCCGCCGAGAGAUGGUACCGCUGUGUCUGCGCAGCAGGGACAACCUCCAGCUCCGCAGACAUGA